AUGACGGGGUCGGAACAGGCGGUUCCGAUGGUGGAGAAGGUGGAGACGAUGCCGACGGUGAUCUCUGAGGAGGGGAGAGAUAGUUUGGCGGCCGAAAAGACCGUGGUGAAUAAGGUUGUGUCUGCAAAAGUAGGGUUAGAUAAGGAGGAUGUUGAUCGGCGAUCUCGUGAGUCAUCUCCGAGCAAGGAGAGUGCUGAUCCGGUUCAUGUUCAUGCUAAGGGAGUCGAGUUGGAGAAGGGAAAGUCCUGGUCAGCAGUUGUUGCAGACAAGGCGAGAUUGAGAAAGUACGAUGUCGUGGUGGAAAACGAGGAAGGUGAGGAUACUAUUGUGGGGAAGUUCGUUUCGGCUGCGCCUCAUGUGGGUUACAUUCAUAUGACGGUGAAUAAGAUAUGGACUUCGGGUGAUAAGUCUCUGAAGAUUGAUGUCUUUGUUGUUGACGAUACCACAGUCCAAUUCAAAAUACCUGAUGCAUCUACUAGAUCACAGGUUCUUCGAAGAGGGAUGUGGAGUAUCAAAAACAUACUGAUGAUGGUAUCCAAAUGGAGCCCGGUGGUAGAGGAAGCUCAGCCAGCUAUACAAGUGCUACCUAUGUGGGUUAAUUUUGAGGAAGCACGAGUGUUUGUGGAAGUGAAUCUUGAUCAGAAGCUCCCAGAAAGCUUUAGUUUUAAAUCAAAGACUGGAGUUGACACUGUGGUUCAAUACGAGUUCCCGUGGCUCCCUCCAAGGUGUGUGUCAUGCGCGAAGUGGGGUCAUACCAUCGCUGAGUGUAAAGCACAGCCAGGAGAUAAAAGGAUUCUGCAACGGAGUUCUCCAGUGAAAGUGGGAAACACUAAUGCGGCUAAGGAGAUCGAUCGGUUGACAGUUCAUUCAGCGGGUGAGAAAUCGAGGGUUCUGGGGGUGGAGCUACCAGGGAAAAGUGUUGCUAAGGAGGGAAUGGGGAAUGCACCAGGAGGAGAAGUGGUAACAGUUGCUCCUCUAGGAAAACAAAGUGAGGGUCGUGCAAAUGGUUCAGUUGAUAUGGCAGCGGAUUCCACAGAGUCUUUAACUGAUAGUUUUAAAACUUUUGCGGAAGCGAUUUGGCAAGAAGUAAAGUCUCCUGCUUCUAGGCGAGGUUCGCCAAAGGUGGGUGAUGUGGAAGACAUUGUCUCAACCUCAAGAUUUGCUUCGCUUGAUCAAGAGGAAGGGGAAAUAGAUGAAAGUGCAGAGAGUGUACGUUUGGAAACAGAACCUGAGAAUGAGCUUGCAGAUUCAAAGGUUGUUGCGGAGAAGGAUCCAAGCAAUGGAGGUCGGGUUCAGCUUCCAAGAGGGUCUAAGUCGGCGCUUAAAGUUGUUAAGCCUAUUGACAAGCCUGCUUCUAACUCAUCUUCUCCAAAGAAUUCGGGUAAGAAGACUAGGAAGAGGGAUUUACGAGCAGUCUCGACAUCAGGAAUGUGGGAUUUUCAGGAUCUAGUUCGGGAUGGAGAUCUAAGUGACAUGGGAUAUCAUGGACCUCUUUUCACUUGGGGAAAUAAGAGGAAUGAAGGACUUGUUUGUAAGAAAUUGGAUAGGGUUUUGAUCAAUGACCAUUGGCUCAAUGGAAACUCGAGAUCAUACUCUCAACCUGAGUUCCAAUCGGCGUUGAGAGAUUAUUGGGGAGACACAACGCCUUUAUUCCACUCUACAUCUGCACUUUACCGGUUUUCAAAAAAGCUAAAGAAUCUGAAGCCAGUUGUUAGGCACUUUUCUCGGGAAUCUCUGCAUGAUAUUUCGAAGAAAGUUCGCGCAAAUUUUGAGUUGUUAUGUCAAAAGCAGGAGCAGACUCUCUCAAACCCCUCGGAGCUGGCUCAGCAAGAGGAGAGUGAAGCUUGUCUCAAAUGGGAAAAAUCGGUGCAUUUGGAGGAAAUGUAUCUAGCUCAGAAGGCGAAGCUGAAUUGGCUGCAACAUGGGGAUAAAAACACAAAGGUUUUUCACCGUGCUGUGAAGGUUAGAGCAGCUAGAAAUGGUAUCCGUGAGUUACAAUCGGUGGAGGGGACUGUAAUUAAGGAUGCAAAUGCGAUCAAGGCCGAGGCAGUUCGACAUUUCGAUUCGUUUAUGAAUCAUCGACCAGAUGAUCUUCGACAAACGACGAUUGCAGAGAUGAGGGGGUUACUAAAGUUUCGAUGCUGUCAGAGCGAUCAGAGGAAACUUGUUGCAGAGGUCACCGCAGAAGAAAUAAAAAGAGUUCUCUUUGAAAUGCCUGCGAAUAAAUCCCCUAGGCCGAAUGGUUACACGGUGGAAUUUUUCAAGGACUGUUGGUCAAUAGUUGGACAGGACUUGGUGGUGGCGAUACAAUCCUUUUUCAGCAAAGGGUUUCUUCCUAAGGGUGUUAAUUCCACAAUAUUGGCUUUAAUACCCAAGAAAGACCAAGCUCUGUUCAUGAAAGAUUACAGGCCUAUAGCUUGUUGUAAUGUAAUCUACAAGAUUGUCUCUAAGAUUUUGGCGAAUCGUCUCAAGACAUUGCUUCCUCAGUUCAUAUUGCCCAACCAGUCUGCUUUUGUUAAAGACCGUCUGUUAUUGGAAAACCUGUUACUUGCAUCGGAACUUGUUGCCGGAUAUCACAAAAAAUCUGUUUCCUCACGCUGUGCCUUGAAAAUAGAUAUCUCAAAGGCAUUCGAUUCGGUUGAGUGGAGCUUUCUUCUAACAGUUCUUGAAGCAAUGGAUCUUCCGCAAGGAUUUAUUCACUGGAUUCGAUUGUGCGUCUCGUCAGCUUCUUUUUCUGUUCAGGUGAAUGGGGAACUAGCUGGAUAUUUCAAUAGCUCGAGGGGUCUGCGACAAGGCUGUUCCUUAUCGCCAUAUCUGUAUGUGAUUUGCAUGAAUGUUCUUUCUCAUAUGUUGGAUAAGGCUGCUGUGGAAAGAAAGUAUGGUUUUCACCCAAAGUGUUCUACUCUCAAGCUUACUCAUCUAUGUUUUGCGGAUGAUAUAAUGAUUUUUUCGGAUGGGAAGUUGUCCUCAAUGGAAGGAAUCGUAGGGGUUUUCGAGGACUUUGCAAAGAUGUCAGGACUGCAAAUAAGUAUGGAGAAAUCUACAGCUUUUCUUGCUGGUGUUUCUGAAGCUGAUCGUCAAACUCUCGGUCAAAGAUACAGAUUUGAGCAAGGUGAGCUUCCAGUUAGAUACUUGGGGUUGCCUCUGCUUACAAAAAAGAUGAAAUCUCUUGAUUACGCUCCUCUAAUAGAUAAGAUCAGGACUCGUUUUAAUUCAUGGACAGCAAGACAGCUUUCAUUCGCCGGUCGCCUUCAACUGGUUUCGUCAGUCAUCGCCAGUCUUGUGAACUUUUGGAUGCAAGCUUUCCGAUUACCAAAAGGAUGUUUGGAUAAAAUCGAUAUUUUGAGCUCUGCUUUCCUGUGGUCAGGACCGGACUUAAAACCAAGGAAAGCCAAGAUAGCUUGGUCGGAAGUGUGCAAAUCGAAGCAGGAUGGAGGGCUGGGCCUGAAGAAUCUAGCUGUUGCAAAUGAUGUUUGUAUUCUGAAAUUGUUUUGGAGGAUAGUCACUACAAAGCAAUCAUUAUGGGUUCGAUGGACAGAAGUAAAUCUAAUGAGAGAUGGUUCGGUGUGGCUUACUCCACCUCCUACUACCCAAUCUACGGGAUCAUGGAUGUGGAAGCAAAUACUGCACAUUAGGCACCUCGCAGAGGCAUUUCUAAGAGUGCGAGUUGGUAAUGGUAGAUCGGCCUUGUUCUGGUACGACAAUUGGUCGUCGCUUGGGAAUCUAUUAAAUUUGUUUGGAGCCCGAGGCUGUGUCGACUUGGGAAUUCCCCACACGGCAACAGUUGAGGAUGCAAUACUAUCACAUCGAAGACGAAGGCAUCGAGUUCAGAAAUUGAAUGAAGUUGAGGAUGAGUUAGAGGCAUUACGGAGGAGAUAUCAACAGACAGAGGAUGACACAUUCCUAUGGAAAUCGAAGGUGGAUUUGUUUAAAACGAUUUUCAGUGCAAAAGCAACUCGGGACCAGCUUAUAAGUUCGUCGAAAGUCCCUUGGGCUGAAGGGAUCUGGUUCAAGCAUCAUUCUCCGAAGUUCGGGUUCAUGGCUUGGCUGGCUCUGCACAAUAGACUUUCAACAGGUGAUCGAAUGCAGCAAUGGAACCCAAAUAUUUCAGUGUCGUGCGCUCUUUGUCAAGCUCCAUUGGAGUCGCGAGACCAUUUAUUCUUCUCCUGUCCUUUUUCGAUGCGGAUAUGGACAACUGUAGCUAAAGGAAUUAUGCAACAAGAGUUCACCACAGAUUGGACGACUCUAGUCACUCUAAUCUCUCGGCGUUAG